AUGCCGCAGGAGGAGGGAGGAGGGCUGGUGGAGAAGUUCGUGCUGGAGUCAGCCAGUCUGAAAGUGGAGAUCCUGUCCUUGGGGUGCAUCAUUGCCGCCCUGGAGACGAAAGGCAGGGAUGGGGUGUUCUCAGACGUCGUCCUAGGCUUUGACACCUUGGAAGGUUACGUGAGGAAGCACCCCUUCUUUGGCGCUGUCGUGGGGCGUGUUGCCAACAGGAUUGCGAUGGGGAGGUUCACCGUGGACGGGAAGGACUACCAGCUGUUCCUCAACAACGGGCCCAACAGCCUGCACGGAGGAGCCAGGGGGUUUGACAAGGUUCUCUGGAGCCCCCAGGUCCUCCCGAACGGCGUCUGCUUCUUCCGGCUCAGCCCCGACGGUGAAGAAGGCUACCCCGGUGACCUGAAAGUCUGGGUGACCUACACGCUCAACGGUGGGGAGCUGUCCAUCAACUACCGCGCCCAGACCAGCAAGACGACACCCAUCAACCUGACAAACCAUGCAUACUUCAACCUUGCAGGGCAGGGCUCACGGGAUAUCUACGACCACGAGAUUUCCAUUGCA